AUGGCUGAAGACGGCGCAUCAACUCGUGGAAUCCCAAAAAGCGAUUUGAUUGUGAGUUUGAGCUUUUUUAAAAAAUGAGAGGGAAAUCUUUCACAAAUGUGUUUUUUUCCAGGAAGACGUUGGAAGUUGGUUGAAAAACAAAAGUUUGUCAAUUGAAGAAGCCGAAGUUGUUGUUCGAGAACAAUACGGAAAAUAUAAAUAUGUCGAGUCGAGUAUGACUGCACAAAAAUCGCGAAUGAUGGAAAAAAUCCCAGAAUUCAAAAAUAGUUUAUCAAUUUUGGAUGUCCUAAUCGCGAAAAAGGAGAAAAACGAGAGUUUCGAGACAACAUUUUUGCUCUCCGAUGAUGUUUAUUCGAAAGCGGUUGUUCCGAAACCAGACAAAGUUUCGAUUUGGUUGGGAGCCAAUGUUAUGGUUGAAUUCGAAUUGGAUAAUGCAAAACAAUUAUUGGAAAAGAAUCGCGCUUCUGUGCAAAAGGUGCGGAUUUUUAUUGUUGAAACAGGUCCUAGAUAUGAGAAAAACUGUUGACGUGGCAAAGUUUGCGGCUAUAACUAGCUUCAAAGAUGGUUUAUUUUUAUAGUUGAGCAAAGCUAUUUUUGAAGAAAAAAAUUGCCGAAAAAUUUACGUUUCAAUCAUUUAUUUUCCUAGAAUUCCCUAUUUCUCAAUGUUAACAAGUGCAAAAUUGUAUUCGAAGUUUUGAAUUUAAGGAUUGAGAUUCUAAAUCUUUGCCACGUCAUAACUCAUUUUUCAAUUUCCACAAAAGAAGUCUAGUUCUUCCAGAAAACGUUCAUAAAAAAUCAGUUUGCAGGUAAUUGAUGAAUUAACAUCGGAGCUCGAAUUCGUCAAGGAUCAAAUCACAACAACCGAGGUCAACAUGUCGCAUUUGGUGAAUUAUCGUGUAGCCCAAAAUCAAGCGGCCAAAGGUUUAACCAGUUCCUGA